AUGGUUUCGGAGGAACGGGCAAAACAUUUCAUGUGGAAAACACUAUCAGCUGCUAUACGAUCUAGAGGAGAGAUUGUUCUAAAUGUUGCUUCAAGCGGGAUCGCUUCUUUGUUGUUAGAAGGUGGACGUACUGCUCAUUCAAGGUUUGCCAUUCCAAUAAAUCCUGAUGAUUUCACAAUGUGUAAAUUCGCACCAUGCUCCGAUCUUGGGAAUCUUGCUAAGCAAGCAUCGCUUAUUAUUUGGGAUGAAGCACCUAUGAUGAGCAAGUAUUGUUUCGAGGCUCUGGAUAGGUCUUUAUCUGACAUUGGUAAUGUAGACAACAAGCCUUUUGCUGGGAAGGUUAUAGUAUUUGGUGGUGAUUUUAGACAAGUUCUUCCUGUGAUUGUCGGUGCUGGUCAGGCCAAAGAGAUCAGUGAUUUCUCAGAUUGGUUGCUUGAUGUUGGAGAUGGUAAAAUUGCUGAGCCUAACGAUGGUGAGGCGGAAAUAGAUAUUCCGGAAGGAUUACUUAUCACCGCGACAAACGAUCCAAUGGAAGUUAUAUCCAAUGAGAUAUAUUCUGAUCCUGAUAUGUUUGAAGUCGAUAAGGAUCCACGUUAUUUUCAAGAUCGGGCCAUAUUAUGUCCAACUAACGACGACGUCGACAUGAUAAAUCAGUUCAUGCUACGUAAAAUACCCGGUGAAGAAAGAACGUAUUUGAGUGCUGAUAGCAUAGAUCCAAUGGAUAUAGCUGCAAGGAACAAUCCAAUUUUCACACCCGAUUUUUUGAACUCUAUCAAGAUGGCUGAUCAUGUUUUGGAAGCAAGGGUUAUUACUGGAGAUCUUGCUGGGCACAAAGUUUUGAUCUCUAUAAUUGUUAUAUCUCCAUCUGACCUGAAAUUUCCUUUUAGAAUGAGACGGAGACAGUUUCAGCUGGCAGUUGCUUUUGCGAUGACCAUUAACAAGAGCCAAGGUCAGUCCCUCAAGCAAGUUGGUCUUUACCUUCCACGACCGGUAUUCUCUCAUGGCCAACUGUAUGUGGCGCUUUCUAGAGUAACAUCGAAGAAGUGUCUUAAGAUACUAAUCGUCGACAAAUAA